GUAAGCAAGUGAGAACCAAACUGUCACAGGCCUUUAAUCACUGGCUGAAUGUUCCAGAAGAUAAAAUACAGGUUAUCAUUGAAGUGACGGAGAUGUUGCACAAUGCAAGCCUACUUGUGGAUGAUAUUGAAGAUAACUCAAAGCUACGACGGGGCUUUCCUGUGGCACACAGUAUCUAUGGAAUUCCAUCUGUAAUCAACUGUGCUAAUUAUGUGUACUUCCUUGGCUUAGAGAAGGUUUUAACGCUUGAUCAUCCAGAUGCUGUUAAAGUUUUUACCCGUCAACUUCUGGAACUCCAUAAAGGUCAAGGCUUGGAUAUUUACUGGAGGGAUACUUAUACGUGUCCUACAGAAGCUGAAUAUAAAGCUAUGGUCCUGCAGAAGACAGGUGGCCUCUUUGGAUUAGCUGUAGGCCUCAUGCAGCUGUUCUCAGAUUAUAAAAAAGACUUAAAACCACUUCUUAACACACUUGGCCUCUUCUUCCAAAUAAGAGAUGACUAUGCCAAUUUGCACUCCAAAGAAUAUAGUGAAAACAAGAGUUUUUGUGAAGACUUAACUGAGGGCAAGUUCUCAUUUCCAACCAUUCAUGCAAUUUGGUCAAGACCUGAAAGUACUCAGGUGCAAAACAUUUUACGUCAAAGGACAGAGAACAUAGAUAUAAAAAAAUACUGUGUACAUUACCUUGAAAAAGUGGGUUCCUUUGAGUACACUCGGAAUACAUUGAAAGAGCUUGAAUCUGAAGCCUAUAAACAAAUCGAAUCACUUGGGGGAAACCCUGAGCUUGUAGCACUGGUUAAACAGCUGAGCCAAAUGUUCAAAGAAAGUGAAAAUUAAAAAUUUGACUCCUGGAUUAAAACUCCUUUUAAAAGGGAAAAAUAACAAGACUGAGAGGUGUGAUAAUCAGUGUCACUUAAAACGCUUUUUCUGGUAACUAUGUUAAAAAAUUACUGUUAAAAACAAUUUGUCACCGAGUAUUGCAAUAUGUAUACCACUAUACAAUCUUUAACUGCUUACAGAUGGCUUUGUUAAAGGAGAUGUAGUAUAAGUGAAACAAGGUUUGAAUCUAAAUAUGAUCAUCUUCACACAGUCAUCGCAUU